GUUCUCGGGUGUUGAGAACACAAACCCAAGUACAGUUUGCACAUUCGGGAGGCUGCGAGAAAGGGGAAUCACGCAUGUUUGGUCACUUAAGAAAACCCUGGGGUUUUUCCUUGCACCUGCGUACGGGCUAUCGACUCCGGGUGCACUGUCUUUUGGCGACUUUUGCUCGCGGCAAAGGGGUGCUUUGGACUGUCUGCGUCUUGUGUGAAGGUGUUCAUUUGUCUUUUCUGUUCAUGUGACCCUUUCUGCUACGGCUGGCCGGCUUCCUUCUUGCGCGUCGGGGGGGUCUUUUUGGUCGCGUGCAAAUAUCGCGUCUUCCUCUGCCCGUCCCUUCCAGUUUUUCCCCGUGAAAAAGCUUUGUCGGCCGCUCCGCCCUGCCGUCUCCCUCGCGUUUCCACUUCCUCACUGCCUCGGCUUCUUAUCGGUGGCGUCACGUCAGCACAAGAAUCCAAAAACUUGCCCUCCCCCCCCCCACUCAACUUCAGGGGUUUGUCUCGGCGUCUUCCGUCCAGCAAGUCGCUGCGUUCUUCUUUCUAACAUCAUCCAACCUAGAUCCUACCGCAAAAAAAUUGCCCUUCCCUCCUUUCCUCCCAGCCAAGGUCCUCCGUUCUCCCCUCGUUCCUCUGAACUGUCUCCCCUUCGCUCCCGUGUCUCCUGUCCCUUGUUUUCUGCCAGGUCACCCACGGCUGUUUCCUUCCGCGCCCUGCGUCACUGUCGUCUCUCGCUUGUCUUCUUCGCUGCUUUCUUCCCGGCUCCUUCCUGGGUCUUCGUUGUCGUGUCUACUUGCGCCCGCGUAUCGAACAGCCUUUUUGGUCGCGCCUCCGCAAAGCCGUCCGUUGCCCCGAACCUGCCUCCCCUCCUUUCACUAUGGCCCGCAAGAAGAGAGGCUCCGCCGCGACCCCCGAGGAGGGCGAGACCCCCCCCGCGGGCCAAGUGGCCCAAAAGACCCCCGAGACCGGGAGCGCACCCCAGGCGACUGAGAAGCCGAAGGAAGUGAGUACGCAGGACCUGCUCGCGGCGACUGCACUGGUGGCGAGGCCGCAGGUCGAUACGAGCAACCUGAGUGCGUCUCAGAAGAAAAAUCUGAAGAAGAAGAUCCGCAAGCAGGAGCAACGUCAGCAGGAGGCCGCCGUCCUCGCGGUCGUUCGCCCCGAGGCAAAGGCCACCGGCAUGGCUUCCCACUACGCCGAGCAGGAGGCCCCGCUGCGUCGCCGCCUCGAAGCCCUGAAGCGCGCUGCGGGCCAACAGACCCGCGGGUCUGGCGCCCCCAGCGCGAAGAAGCUGUCCCAGGACGUCGAGGCGGUGCUCCGCGAGAUCGACGGAACCCUCGAACGCGAAGUAGCGGCUCUGCAGAAGCCGCUGAGCAAGCGAGUGACGGUGCAGCAGCUGCAGCAGCAGAUUCGCGACGUCGAGGCGCAGGUCCAGAAGCAGCAGCGCGAGUUGCAGCGCCAGGCGCACCAAGGCGAGGGUGAGAGCGCGGAGAUUCGCGCCUGUCUCGACGAGAGUCUGCGUUACGUCGUUCACCUGCGCGAGCAGUUGAUCCUCACGCAGCAGCAAAACGAACUGCGGGUCUUCCGCGACCGCCUCGGCGCCCUGAAGGCCGAGGGCGAGGGCCUCCUCAAGGCGCUUCACGCGUCGGGUUCGCCUGGAGGCGAACGCGGUCGCGCGGGCCACGCCGGAAACGGGUCUGCGAGCCCUUCGAGUGCGAAAGAGGCCCAGUGGCGCCGGCGCCUCGGGGACUUGUCCCGCGGAGGCCCAGAGCGCCGCCGAGGGCCGAAACCUGCAGAGGAGGAGGAGACCGCCCAACCGCAGCCCCUCGUGGUGCAGCAUGUCUCUCUCGGGCCAGACGCCAUGGGCCUCCUCUUUCCCGGUGGGCAAAAUCCGGUGCUUGUUCGGAAACUCGAACGGGCGUGUGGCCUCGUACUCGACAAACAGAGCGGCGGUGCGGGGCGCGCCGGCACUGUCGCGGUCGUCGGGCUCCAAGCUGCAAACGUCGAUCGCGGAGUCGCCCUGCUGAACUCUCUCGAGGAAGGCAUGCAGCCUGAGAAACGCGAGAAACAUCGCGUCCAGGUGGAAGGCCGCAGCAUCGGUAGCGUCAUCGGGGCGGGAGGAGCGAAUCUUCGUCGCGUCGAGGAAGACAACGACGUCGUUGUCUGGGCAGAGGGAAAUGAAAUGAUCGUCAUGGGUGCGACUGCCGCGAAGAUAGCAGCCGGCAUUCGUCAACUCAAGGAGGUGGUGGCGUCCCCGGUGGCCUCUGCGUCCGGAGCGGGGAGCCCAGGAGGGGCGACUUCGCUGGUCUUUCCGGUUCCGAUCGCCCGCGCGUUGGCGGGCGCGAGUUUCCGCUCUUUCCUGCGCGAACUGGAAACCGCGUUCCACUGCUCGGUGCGGGCGCCGAAGGGCGGCUCUGAGGGCCUCCUCCUGGUUCAACAGGCGACUCCAGAGAACGCAGCUGCUGCCGCCAAGCGUCUGCAGGACGAAGCCGCGAAGCUCGUCGUCAAAACCGUCAGCGCUGACGGCGAGAAAGUCCUGAAACUCCUCAAGGGCAACGCCCCAGGAUUCACCGCGAGCUCUCGGGAGAAGGACCGCGUGACGUACUUGCGUGGAGAGAACGAAUUGACUGUGGUGGGUCCGUCUGAGGAGAUCGACGCGGCUGUGAAGGCGGCGGAGGAGGGCCUUCUGCUGCUGGACCGCGUGACGGGGCAAGUGUCUGUUUCUCGAGAUUUGUCUCGGAUCGUGACGCGAGCGAAGCGCGCCCACAUCGAGAAGGAGACGGGAGUGACGUUCCGCCCGCCCCGGAGCCCUGCGCAGAGCUCAGGUGACCUCGUGCUCUCUUUCUUGGGGACGAAGGAGCAGGUGGAGGCGGCGCGCGCGAUGCUGACCACGUUGUUGAAGGAGGAAGGACACAGCGAGGCGAUGGGCGUCGGGAAAGAGAUGACGGCAGCGCUGCUGGCCGAGCGCGGCCAGGGUGUGCGAGACCUCGAGGAACAGUUUGGAGUCUCGGUGUCGAUCGAGCGACGCGAGCACCGUCUGGUAGUGCGCGGCGGCGAGGCGGCGGUGCAAGCCUGCGUCGCGGCUCUGCGGGAGCGCCAGGAACGCGAGUUCGCGGAUGAGAAAGACGAGGGCGUCCUCGAGCGGGUGCCUGUUCCGAAGGACAUGGUGGCAGCAAUCAUCGGGCGCCACGGAGCUCGCAUUCGAAAGAUCCAGACGCAGAGCGGAGUGGAGUCGAUUCGAAUGGACGGAACGGAAGGCGUCGCUGCGAUUCGCGGAGCCCCCGCCGCAGUGGAGAAGGCGGUGAAGCUUAUCGAAGAGGCUCUGAAGGAGGCUGCCGCCGGCGCGAUUGUUCACGCGAGUGACAACGGCGACGAGGAGACCCGCACUGGAGAGGCAGGCCAGGGGAAACCCCGCAGAGGCCCGCAGCGCGCUCAGGGGACGAGGCGAACUCCUCAGAACCCUCUGAGUGUGGACGCCUCGGACGAGGCCGCCUUCCCCUCCCUCGAUGCGACACUGACCGAGGCCAGAAACAAAGCCAGCGGCGGAAGGUGGAAACGGGGGGCGCGUGGAGCAGCGAAAAACGCUGAGGAAGAGACGCAUGGCGUCAACGGAGUCGCGAACGGAACCGACAAACGCGAGGAUCGAGGCGUCACUCCAGAAGAAGAUGCACCCACUGCAGGCACCGAGGUCUGCUGCAACUAAAUGAGGUUGCCAGUUCUGAGAUACGGAUCGUAGCUGUCGAGUGUGUGUUUGGUGAGUGGGGACAGUCGAAAACUGACGGGGUGUGGUGUCCGAGAAAGCGUUCAAGAUAACAUGGGGGAAUUUUGCAGAGCACGCAAAUCGGGGAAAAGGAAGGACGUCGUGGAGAGACAGUAUGGUCUUUCUGCACCAUUCGAGGGUCGCCUCGUGGCGUUUGGCCGGGGUUUUUGACUGGUGGUGUUUUGCGGAGGCACGGUGGCUCCACGUUUUCAGCUCUGACACAUUUUGUGCGACAAGAUGGUCUGCGCACCACUUGUCAUCAGUUUCAUCCCACCUGUGAAACUCCGAGUUUGGCGGAGGCCGUCGUCUCGCCUCCUCAGUCCCGCGCAGGGGGAGCAUUCGGUAGUCAGCGCGUCUCGCGCCGCCUCUGAGGUUCAGGCCACAAACCGGGUCGCUAAAAGAGCUUGCAGCAAAUUCUGUGGUUUUUCGUCCCGUCCUCUCCACCUGUAUCGGGCAUUUCGUGGCUUUUCGUUCGAAAGUGUUUCGUGUUUGGUAUGAAGACGGCGGUGCAGAAGCGAAGGGGUUCUGCUGCUGAUGUCGCCGCUUCCGUGUGUCCGUGCUCGAAAAAGGGUGUACAUACACCCCGCGCUCCCGGCAACAGCUGCUGUCGCGUCGGGUUCCGUGAAAGCGCGUGAUCUGAAGAAAUAAACUGAAAACGAAAUUACAAAAAGCUGACGCUCUGCCGGUCGAGAUAACCUCCUACACAGCGGCUGAAUGCUCUGGUACACCAGAACCUCAACUUUUCAUAGUUCCCCGCUCGGUUCAAGCGUGGCGAGGCACGUAACUUGCAAGUGAGCCGAUAACGACACCAAAGAAUGGGGAAGAACGAAGCAACUCGCUUCAACGAGCGGCUUUUGGUGGUCCCGCGUUGGUGAAGUUCCGCAGUGCUCGUGUGUGUGUCAACACCAGAGAAACCUACACGAUCAGCCCGAAGAAUUUGACGGGACCAGGAAGGGAACUUGGGUUUCCUCAUUCAGGAGCGGGUCUCUUCAGUCUACAGAACCCUGCCGAGUUGCCUGAGGCAAAAGGGCCAGAAAGCACUCUCUCAUGUUGAGAAAAAAAAGACCGUUCCUCGGGUAGCUGAGAGUCGAUGGCAUGCUUGAACUGGUUGUCCCUUGAAGGAAGAUGAAAACUAGGAACUCGAGAGUCGCAAACGAGUGUUGGAGGACGACAGCGGCCCCGCCAGAAGUCCCGCUCUUCGGUAAAGCAGCGCCGCGUCGUUGCAGUCAAACUGGAGUAGAACUGUAGAUGUCUUAUACGAUGGCGUCUUCGUAGAAAAACAAUGGGUUCGGUGGGAGGAAAGCAUUAGAAACCAGACAGUGCACGGGGAGUCGACAGUGGCAUUUUUCGCUCUUGGUGCGAUGCGGCCGUUGUUGCAUCGAAGCGCCGUUUCCCCCUCCUUGUAGGUUUUCAUUCUUUUUAUUGAAGUGCAUUUUGAAGUCAGAGGAGGGAGAAAUAGAGGGAUCGCUCCCAAAGGAAGUAUGGAAAGUGAACCUUUUGCCUUCCAAAUCCCCAUGUGUUUCUUCAGCACUCUUUCGGCAUUCAACAUUCUAUCACCUAAAUGCCCCUUUCUCGUGUUCUUCAGACACAGAGCCUUAUCUUCAUUGGAAAGAAAGGAGGUAACAUGCGAUGACUAGAGAAAAAUGGAAGGAAGACACACCUUGGGAGCGUGACGACCGGGCCCCGAUCGGUUCUUUCAGAAGUCACCAAAACGCAUCGCUGAAGAACGACCGUAGCGUUUCUCUCAAAAUGAAUUUUUGAUCCAAGGGCGCAUAAAGUAGGAACGUUCCACUGCGGAACCUCCUUCAGUGUCUCAAGAAAGAAAAGCUGAGUGAGAAGAACCGAAGAGCUUCGGGCAGUGACCCGUGCAUCCCUUUAGGGCGAAAGAGUAGAAUACUGCGUAUCAGGUGACUGAAAUUCAAAUAUAUUCUUCUGGGUGGCAAAAGAACCAGAACAGAUGCUGAUAGAGUACUCAAUCAACGGUGCACAGUUACGCUGGUGAGACCGAAAUCGAGUAAUACACUGGAGCAUAGAGUGCAAGUACGUUCUUCCUUCCGUAGGACGGAAACAAAGGUGGCGGUACCCCUCACACGUUUUGUGAGCACACCGUCAGCGACACGGAAAAGAAAGAUAGACAGGACUGUUGGCAAGUUUGUCAUACAGCUUCCUUUUCUCGUUCUGCGGGGGGAGAAGUGAUUGUGGCCAAUCACGGUUCUCAGAAGUUACCCUGUGGCCCAGGAUGGCAUCGAAUGCGAAGCGAAGUAGGAGAUUUGUUCUCUCGAAGAGACAGCACUAUUUCAGUGCCGUUUUGAAUCCAAUUGUCGUUUCCCACUGAAACUCAAGUCCAGUGCUCGUUCGUUAAAGUCACAUCCGAGUUGUGAGUGGUGUGUCUCAGACUUACGCAGUAACGCAUUUCGGAUGGCAUUUCUGUCGUGAAGGUUGCCGCUUCCUACGUAUCCUUGUCUGGCCUCUGGAAACGCUGUCGAAAACCUCUUCAGCCGACUAGGUUCACGGAGAAGUGUCCUCUCUUCUACACACAACCUUUUUUCUGGUCCGACCGAAGUACGCAGCUAUGAGAUACACAUGUACAAGGAACCCGACGUCACUCUUUUGAUAUUGAGGAAAGACAUCGCGG